AUGCCUUUAGAGGCAGUACUGAGGGCCUCGCUGACUCUGGGAAGCACCCUUACUCUCCUGGCGUUGUUCUGGGCUCAACUUGCCCGUAGCCGUCAACAGUCACACAAGCUGGCUACUUACACGUCAAGCCAUGUCUUUUUCAACACACUCAGCCUCUUUGCUAUAGUAUUUGCUAUUGGUUCUCAUUUUUGGGAAGCCUUGAGUGCAUCUACAUCAUCUCAGCGCCUCGAGGGUGCCUCCUGCACCGCCGCAUGGAGUGUCGUGCUCUUGGCUCGACUGACAUACUUUGCUUCUCCCAUAUAUAGGCGACCUCUACAUGUGCUGGCCAACAGUCUUUCCUUUGCCCUCUUCUUGGUCAAUACCGUCCCAACCAUCGUCUAUCCACUCGUCAUUAUCCCUUCAGCUGGAAGACGCCCUGUAUUGGACACGCUUCUCCUCUGUAACCUUGGCUCAACCUUGCUUGCAUCAGUUAUCCUUCCAGUCUUUACGCCAGCACACAGCAUACUUCCCGAUGAGGGCUCAUCUCUACACCCUUCACUGGCAUGCUCGCCCAUUGUCCGAUGGUGGUCCUACGGAUGGGUCACACCUUUCGUCGCCUCGGCCUACAAGAAAGGGGGUCAACUUGAUGCAGACCAUCUUCCUGAGUUGACCGUUACUGCUGACCCCCUCUUGCUGUCGACCAAGUUUGUUGAGGCGCGACGCAAAUCAGACUCUACCAGGCAGGCCUUGUGGUAUACUUUCAAGGAUCGACUUCUGAUUAUGGCCACGCUCAUGGUGUUUUGCGGCUUCUCCGAGCUUCUGGGAGCCAUUGGGCUUCGAAGUCUCCUGACAAGUCUUGAGGGUAAUGCACCUGAUGGAUCCUUUCGACCGUGGUUCUCUGCCUUUCUGUUUGGUGCCUCUCCCAUCAUUCGUGGCUUAUUCAUGCAGACUUUCGAGUUCUUCUCAACUGACACAAUCUGCCGACUGAAGGGAAUGGUCAUCUGUGUUAUCCACAAGAAGAUCCUCAACCAAAGGGACGGUAGUCGCAUCGACGUAGGGCAGGUGACAAACCACGUCGCCGCAGACAUCGACAAGAUCUCGAUCCUGAGAUACACCAUCAUGGCUGGUUUCAUGGUUCCCGUCGAGGUUGCUGUUGCCAGUGUGAUACUGUAUCAGACACUUGGUUGGUCAAGUCUCCCUGGAUUGGCCCUGAUUGUCGUCACCCGCAUUCCUAUUUCUUGGUAUGUGAACCGAUACCAGGGCCGCGCCCAGUCGCGUGUCAUGGAGGCAAUUGAGGCAAGAGUCCGUCGUGUCAGCGAAGUCAUCGAUGGACUGCAGACGAUCAAAAUGCUUGGCCAAUCGUUGGCUUUUACUUUGUGGAUCGGCGAGAAGCGAAAGUCAGAGCUUCGGGCCAUUUGGAAGAAGCUUGUGAUAGCCACGGCCUCCGAGACUCUCUCCUCCGCACUUGUACUCAUUCCGCUGAUCUUGUCGCUGUGUAUCCACACUCUCAUUGCUGGACACCGCCUCAGCCCCGCUGUUGUGUUUACAGUCGUGUCAGUCUUCAACACGUUGAAGGGUAUGAUGUCUCUCGCUGUCAUUGGUGUCAGCACACACGCGCAGGCCAUGGUUUCCGUUGACCGGGUGGUCCAGUUCUUGGAUCAAGAUGUCGACAGUCUCCUGGAACAGGAUGACACAACCUUCACGACCCCUUACAGCGACGAAAGUAGGGGUGAUGGAGCCAACGGCCUUGGAGCGAGGAACGCAUCCAUCGCUGUCGGGCUACCUGAUAAUUCACGUCGAAUAGUCCUGCGGGGUCUCUCUUUCCAGGUUCCUCUAGGUGGCUUGACUGUUAUUACAGGGAAAACUGGAUCCGGCAAAUCCACACUCAUCAAAGCCCUUCUUGGAGAAGCACCAGUAAUCUCUGGCGAAGCGUCCCUUCGUUCCGACGGGUCGGAGACGAUAUCGUACGCGAGCCAGGCUCCAUGGCUUCGUAACAGCACGAUCCGAGACAACAUCCUUUUUGGUGGACCAUUCGUCUCAAAGAGAUACCAUGAGGUCACGCGAGCGGUGGCAUUGCAUGUCGAUUUCCGCCUUCUCCCGAAUGGCGAUCUGACCCCAACUGGAGAGGCCGGAUCCUCACUAUCCGGCGGUCAGAAGGCUCGUGUUGCUCUCGCCAGAGCUGUAUACGCCAAUACAGACAUUGUCGUUCUUGAUGACGUGCUUUCAGCUCUGGAUGCAACAACUUCCAGUCACAUCAUCGACGAGUGCAUCUUUGGGCCUUUGAUGAGGGGCAGGACAACGAUUCUCGUCUCGGACAAGGCAGAGAUAUGUCGUCAGGCUGACCAGGUUGUGGAACUGGUCGACGGAGAGGCCCGGAUAUCUGUUCAGCAAAGGGACACGACCGCCCUCAAACCUGGAGCCGUCGAGAUAUCAAAAGUCAGGGAAGUUGAGCUCUUCCAAGAGCCAGACUCGGAGACUCAAGUCACACGCGAGACAAGACUGUCCAGACCACCAACAGGAGAAGAUUCAUCGCGUGCUCAGUCCGAGAAGGUCCUGGAUGGCCUCAUCGGCAAGUCCACGAUCUUCAAAUACCUAGGCAUGUUUGGGUCUCCCACGUUCUUGGCCUUGUUGUGUGUUUUGAUCCUGUCAGGUCAGGCUGCUGAUACCCUGUCUUCGCUCUGGUUGACGAAAUGGUCUGCCAGUUACAGCUUCGAUCAAGAGCGUAAGGCAGACACGACCUCGUUGUUAUUUGCGUCUGUGUACUCAUUGAUGGGCCUUUCACAACUCGCACUGGCUUGUGUCUCAACAUUGCUCUUCUACAGAGGCGCCAUCAGAGCCAGUCGCAAGCUGCAUUAUCGGAUGCUUGUCUCGGUGUUUGGAGCCACUUUUCCAUGGAUCACGUCAACACCAGCCGGUCAAAUACUCAAUCGCUUUUCCUCAGAUGUGUUUUCACUAGACAACACUGUCAAUGAGCUGCUCAAGCAAGUCGUCGAAAACUCCCUUUCCAUAGGCUUCCGGUUAGCAGCCGUAUCCUCCAUGCUACCACUCUUCCUGCUUCCUGCUCUCAUUUUCCUCUGUAUGGCUUGGUUCACUGGACGCGUGUACCUGUACGGCUCUACUGCCGCAAAGAGGUUGUACGCCGCUUCUCUGUCUCCCGUCUUGUCCGAGCUCACCGACGCUGUGUCUGGUGGUGAGAUCAUCCGAGCUUACAACCGGGAGACCAUGUUCCGACACUUGUUCUUGGAAUCACUGGAAAAGUACCUGCGCGGUUGGGAAACGGUAAGCGGUACGCAAAGAUGGCUGGCCGUUCGUAUGGAUGUGUUUGCUGGGUUGAUCCAGGUGUCUACCGCUAUACUCGCGAUCACUUCUCCAAAUGCGAAUCCAGCGGUGGUCGGGUUCAGCAUGACGAGCGCUUCAGCAUUGUGCACGGCAUUACUAUAUCUCGUCUACCUGUCGAGUGUGUUGGAGAUCGAGAUGAACUGCUUCCAGAGGAUCGAGGAGUACACUCACGCGAUUCCCCAAGAGCCCAAAAACGAGCCCGAGGGAGAUGAAGGUCUGAAAGACCUGGAGUGGCCCACCAGAGGUGAGCUCGAGAUAGUCAACCUGACUGCUGGUUACUCGCCAGAAAAGGCUGUCUUGGCCGACAUUGACGUCCAGGUACAACCAGGACAGCGAGUGGCCAUUGUUGGGCGCUCUGGCAGUGGAAAGAGCUCCUUGGCAGCGACCAUCUUGGGGUUGACCAGUAGAAUUGAUGGUCGAGUCCUGAUUGACGGGGUGAGUAUCGACUCGGUAGGGGUGGAAGAGCUGCGGCGCGGCAUAUGCUUCAUCCCUCAGAACCCGAUGCUGUUUACUGGUCCGCUCAGGUUCAACCUGGACUUUACCGGCACUGUACCCGACAAGAACCUGCGACAGAUCUUAUCUGAUGUCAUGGGAGACACUGACAGCGUGGCCAAGUGGUCUCUCGACCGGCAGAUUGAACGCGACGGGGUCAACCUCUCUCAAGGAGAGCGACAGCUCAUAGCAAUCGCAAGGGCGCUAGCAACAUCAGCCCGGAUCGUCAUCAUCGACGAAGCAACAGCAAGUCUGGACGCGGAAAGCGAGAGUCGGAUGCAGAAGCUCUUGACAGAGAGGUUCUCGGACAAGGUGGUGAUGGCAAUAGCACACAGAUUGGCGACGAUUGUGGACUUUGAUGAGGUGUACGUGUUGGACCAGGGUAGAAUCAUCGAACGUGGGGUCCCCAGGCGUUUACUUGAGUCGAGACAGGGCCAGUUUUGGAAGCUUUGGCAGAGCAUGGAUCAGCAGCAGCGCCGAGAUGCUUAG